AUGUUAGCCGUUGCAGGGCUAACCCCCAUCCUCUUAGUGGCGGCAGUGAUCGCGGUGGCGGUGGGGUCCUCCAAGGACGGCAUAGACAUAGCCACGAGCGGAGGCGACGCUGAGACCGGGCGCAGCGGCCGCGGCAUCAGCGCCACAAUCAAGGCCGUGCAGGCCAUCUGCUCCCCGACGGCCUACAAGGAGACGUGUGUGGAGAGCCUCACGGACGCCAACACCACGGACACGCGCCAGCUCAUCGAGAGGGCCAUCAAUGUGACCGUGGCCAACGUCGAGGAGGCUCUCGAGAGCUCCACGCUGCUCCAGGAGGCCGCGAAGGACCCGGCCACCAAGGAGCAUUCAGAGCGGACGAUCGGGAAGAUUGCGGAGUUCGACUACUUGAGGACGAACGCGUUCGUGGCCGACCUCCGGACGUGGCUGAGCGCGGUGGUGACGAACCAGGAGACGUGCGUGGACGCGUUCGAGAACACGACCGGAGACAAUAGCGAAGAGAUGAAGAAGGUUCUGGAGACGGCGACGGAGCUGGCGAGCAAUGGCCUGGCGAUGGUGACGGAGCUCGCCACGGUGAUCAGCUCGUUCAACCUUGGCAGCCUCGGCGACAUGUUCGGCGGAAGCAGGAGGCUUCUGAUGGCAGCGGAGGAGGAGAAGAGGAUGCUGGCGCAGGAGAUUGGCACGCUGGCGCCUGAUAUUGUGGUGGCGCAGGACGGGACCGGCCAGUUCGUGACCAUUGCGGAGGCUGUCGCGGCGGUGAAGGGCGACGCUGAGAAUUUUCGGUGA